CCGGUCCAAGCUACUGCGCGCAGCUGAAACAAAACACUCGUUAGGCCUCAGGAGAUACGACAUACAUACAGUCAUCAUUAAAUGCUUCGAAUCGAUUUUACAGGACGACAAUAGGUCAAUAGUAAUCUGUUUUAUUUUUAACAGGCGUCUGGAGGACAUGAAAAGAAGCUCAUGCAUAACUUUGCCUAUUUUUUGGCUAACCUGCGCUAGCCAAAGUUAGCACACUGGAUUGUGCUAAGGUUAGAAAACUUUUUAUAUUGCAGAAAAAUCUAGUAAAGCCCGUAGAAACAUGUUUCUUGUCAGAUACACCCGUGACUGGAGAAAAAUUAUGAAUAUGUGAGAGAAACAUUUGAUGACGGAUGAUAAUGCAGAAGUGCUGAAGAUCAUGUGUUAUUAGUCAUUUGUUACAGUUGGAGUGUUCAAUUUAAAGGCAUACAUACUUCAGUAACACGUUGAGUUAUGUUUAAUGUUUUUCUUGUUUUAUAAUAAAGUGAUGAUUAGAUCAGAGACUGCCAUGGGCAAAUGCUAAACUCAAUCUAAACUUUGUUCCCACAAAAAUCUUUCGGCUAAUUUGCAAGGGAUGCACGGACUCCAGGUGAGCUGUACUCGGCCAUGGAAAAAAGAGAGGAGAAGGAGCUGGACGAGCUCACCCUCCGCUUGCAGAGGGACGGUGUGUCCUCGGAGGCUUCAGUAGAGGAGCGUGAGCUGCACCUGUGGCGUUUGCUCCAGCGCAGCGAGGGCAGCCUGAGCACAGCCUCUGAAGACCUGCAGACUUUACGCACACAGCAGGCCAGUGAGAUGAGAGAGGUGGAAAAUUACGUGGAGCAUAUUCGAAAGAUGCUGGAGGAGCGGGAAUCUCUUACAGCGGAGUACGAACAUGACAGCGAACAGCUCCGUGCUGAGCUCGCUCUAAUGAAACACCAACAGGACUCCCAGUGUAAGGAGGUGGUGGAGAUGCUGGAGCAGGAGGGUCUGGCAGAGAUCAGUCAGAGCAGUGCCAGUGAGCAGGUGGCCUAUCUGCUGGUGGAGAGAGUCACUCUGCUGGAGAGACUGGAGGCUGCGGAAAGAAAACUGGACACCCAGACCCUCACCGGCAACCUCCGAGAGGUGCAUCUACAGGAAGAGCUGGAUCAUAUGCGUCACACAUUGGAAGAAGAACUCGGGCAGCAAAAGGAACACAUGAAUGAGGAGUCAUCAGUUCAGAGUCCUUGGAGGAAGUUCUUUGGUGUGCGCAAAGCUACACUAAGAGCACAGAACCUUCCUGCCCACAGUGAAGAGUUCAUCAGAGAAUGCACAGCGUGCCAGAGGCUGGAGAGGGAUCUGGAAGAGGCAUCAAGUCGUCUUGCUAUGGCUCAUAAAGAGAUUCGCCACCUGACGGAUGAAUUAGAUCUUGCUCAUAAGGUCCAAAACGUGUGUGUACCUGACCUGCAUAAAACUGGGGAGGAAGUGGAGCAGUUGAAACAGGAAGUGGACAAGCUUAAACAGUGUGAUAUGGUGGAGCUGCAGAAGGCCAAGGAACGCAAUGAAAAACUGGAUAAUGAGAUUUGUGUGCUAAGGGAUAGAGUUCGCUCUUUGGACACAGAGAAGAGGACUCUUCUUAAACUGGUUGAACAAUCAAAGCUGCACUCAGAUCAAGGGAUCACAGUGAGAUUAGAGCACAAUAAAACAAAUUCUACACAGGGUGUUGGGAAUAACGUCAAUCCUGAUCCAUCAUUGGAUGCUGAGGAUGAGAUACUCCACAAAAGGUGUCGGAGAGAGUCUGAGGAUAAGGACAGCCAUCUGCGAGAGCUGGGGAGGAGGUUGCAGAAGCAGCAGCGAGAACACGAGGAGCUGGUGGAGCGUAAUGAGGAGCUGGAGGCACUGCUGGGAGAGGCACAGAAUGCAGCGAAAGAGGACCGGGAACGUCAUGAGUGUGAGAUAGACGGGUUGCAGAGAAAGAUUAAAGGCAUUGAGGAGGAACUGAGUAAGAGAGAUAGUAAGAAACAUGAGAAGAAAGGGGAAGAUUUGGUUCAUGGGACUGAGUCUGAGCUUAGCGAGAGCGUUCAAGAAAGACUUGCGUUCCUCGAGGGUCGGCUUACUGAAGAAAAAGGUUGGAGGAAACAGCUGGAGGUGGAUCUGUCUGUAGCCAAGGCUGCUCUCAAAACGGAAAAAGAGGUCAUGCAAAGAGACCAUGAGGAGCUGAAGAAAUUACGUGUGGAGGUCCAGAGACUAGAGAUUGAAUGUCGACAAGGGAAGACCGUUAACAAGAACCUCACGCAGAUUAAAGGAGAAAAGGGAAUUUUGGAAGAAAAGGUGGCCCAGAUGGAGCGUGCUCAGACACGACUCCAAGAGAACCUGACACUUCAGACAGAGAACAGCCGGGCCGAAGAGGACCUGAAAGACAGCAGGAGACAGGUGGCAGAGCUUAAUUCUAUGGUGGACAAGCUGAGAACAGAAUUGACUCGACUGGAAAAGGAGCACAACGCAUUAAGGGCUGAGCUGAUGGAGAAGCGCGGGCUUGUGAUGGAGCUACAGAAGGAGCUCAGUGAGAAAGCUCACGAGAGGCUUCAGACUGACGGUGAGAGAGAAAGACUCAGUCUGGAGCUCCUGCAUGUCAAACAGCAGCUGCAGUGUGCUAGAGAGCAGAUACCCAGAGCAUCACAGGAGCAUACAGCCAACCACAAUGGGCUUUGUCAGCUGGCCAGUGUGAACUCCACCCUGGAGGAGGAGAGACAGCUGGCCCUGCAGGCCCAGAUCAGUGAAGCACAGGCCAGGACUAAGGCUCAAGACUCACUUCUCCAACAGAAGGGAGAGGAGAAUAAACAGCUGAGACAGGACCUGCAGAGAACCCAGCAUCUCUUCACUUCUGCCGAGCGAGAGCUGCGCUAUGAGAGGGAGAAAAAUCUAGAUCUUAGGAGACACAAUGCACUCCUAGACCAGGAGAAAAUUAAACUGUGUGCGGAGCUGAAGCAGGCCCAGGCCAAAGUAGCCCAGCUGGAGGGUAGCGGAGCAGGACAAGUGGUAGAGCUGGAGAGAUUCCAGAAGAGGGUCAGAGAUCUGGAGCUGGAGGCGGCCAGAAGCACUCAGAACCGACAGACUAACAGCAGCUUGAUGGAGGAGCUUAAUUCAGAGAGAGCACGUGUGAUUGCUGCUGACAAGAAGGUUGUAGAACUGCAGCAACAACUGAAGAACGCACUGCACCAGCUGCGUCUAGAGGAGGCCAGAGCGGGAGAGACCAGCAAACUGGAGAGAGACACCAGAGACAUUUCUGAUAACCUUUCUGCCCUCAGAGCCCGACUGCAAGACGAGCAACUACAGAGGAAACUACUUCAGCAGAAAGAUGAGGAACUCCAGCAGCAGGUGCGCUCAUUGCGGGCGAAGGAGGCAACUCUGACACGCACCAACUCCGAGAUGUCUCGCCGCCCACAGGAGCUGGAGAUGCGGCUGAAGGUGCUGGAGAGUGAACUUAACACCGCUAGAGAAGAGCAGAGAAGCAGUCAGAAGAGCUGCCGCGGGCUGGAAGAACAGCUGCUGUCUUCCCAGCAUGAGUCUGAGAGACUGCAGGAGGAACUGAAGCUGGUCGUUCAGCAGCUUGACACUAACAUCAGGAGACACAACGAGAAACAGUCUCAGCAUAAAACCAAGUUGCGCAGAGCUAAACAGAUCUUCAUGAAGACAUUCACCCAACAUGAACAGAGGAUCCAGCAGUUAGAGAAUGAUCUGGCUCUUGCGACAAGUCUCUCAAAGAAAGAGAAGGACUGGAUUAGGACUGUGACAGAAGAAAACGACCAGCUCCUCCUGGAGAGACGAGAACUUCUGCAGCGAACAAGUGAAGCUGAGGAGAUGGGAAACAAUGGACUGAGAACCGCCACUACCAUCCAGCAGAGAGUUAAGUUCCUGGAGAUGGAAAAUAAACAGCUGCAAGAAAAAACUCUUACACUGGCCAAUCAGAUAGGAAUUUUAGAUCGGUCAUUGAGAAACCUUCAGUCGCUGUGUACUGUUGAGGAGGUCAAGAAAAUGUUUUCUUCUGGAUCUUAUCCUGAUGGCCAGCUGGGGACAUCAACUCCAAGUCCCCAGCCUGGCCUCUGUGACUCAUGGGGAAUAUUGGAUGCCAUUCGCAAAGUCAAAGUGGGCGACUCUGGAGUGAAGAGCCUGGAGAUCUCCUCGUCUGUGCCCGUUUCACAGUCCACUGAGAUAGGCUACCUGAACGUGGCCUCACCUGUGGCUCCCAACAGCAGGUUAGAGCAGGAAGAGAGUCUCAGUGCCACAAGCGAUGAGGCCUGAGGGAGUUACAGUGACCUGCGAAAUGCCAUUACAAGGUUUGCCAAUCUGAAAAGUCACUGGAGCAGUCAAGGCUUAAAAAUAAUUGAACUGUAGAUGGUUAAAAAGCAGACAAAUGGUUUCUGUGGCACUGUGACAGUCUAUGUCAUGUUUUGUCUUCAGUUACUUAUUUUGCUUAAACAUCAGUUGUUUUUUAAAGCGAAUGUGAAGAGCUGGAUUAUUGCUCAGGCUCAUACUUAUCUCCUGGGUUGAAUUCAGUUGCAUUGCCUUUAAGGCUCACAUAGAGUGAUAUCAUCCACAAACAUUAUGCUACGGUCAGUAGCAUUGUCACAUCUGUAAGAUGCCAUAUGUAUUUUUUAUAUGUAUUUACCCUAUAAUGGUAUGACAAUGAAGAAGCACUUAAAGCACUAUUAAUUUGACGUUCAGAUGGUACAGUUUACAGUCGUUUACAACUGAAAUGCACUAUAUCCUUUGGAUAUGCGUGAGUAUUUGAAGUCAAGUGUCUGUAUAUUUUAGAGCGAUUUGGUGUAAAUGCCACCUGAUACACCCUUACAUGUGUCAGUUGACCUUUUCUCAUUUUCUGUGCUGCUUUUGGGUGGACAAACUUGGUAAAAUGUUACAUGGAGCUGAGAUUUCUACAGUCUUUGUAGAUAAAAGCAUGUACACUAUUAUUCAAUGGUUUGGGGUCAGGACUCAGAAAUGAAUACUUUUAUUCAGCAAGGAUGCAUCAAUUUGAACAAAAGUAACAGUAACAAACAAAAGCAGCCAUGUUUGUCUGGUUUUGUCCGAUCAGUGUUUUACCAUCUAUCACCAUACAUUACACGGUUGGCUUGUCUGCAUCUGUCAGUGCAGUGUAAAUUGGCCUUAAGAGACUUAAAAAAAGUAUUACAACUAUCUUACCAUGCUUUUGAAUGGUAGUGUACAUUUGUGAGUUUAAUUCACUUUGUCAAGACAAAUGCUAUAAAAGCUUGCUUUAUAGCAUGAUUAUUUAGUAUGAUUUUAUUUUGCAAAUCCACUAUAUUGUUUUUCCACUGGAAGAAACCACAGCUAUUAGAAUGUCAAAAUACUAAUUUAGACCUUACUUAUGUGUAGUAUAUGCUUUAAAGUGCUAAUGUAAGCAAUGUGGUUGUUGAAUAAUUUAUCAUGGAAAAAGUUUGGUCUCCUGGUAUUAGGUUCCAUUGAAAAAAAGAAACGGACAUGGUAGCAUUAUCAGCCGUACGGGAUUGUUGUUUAAUUAGGGAAUGGGGUGAAAUGGGAGGGUUUUUUUUAGAUUGUACAAAACUUUUUAUUUUUUUUUAAAGUCCUCAGAGACUGAAUGACCUGUGAUCUGGGAGCAAAGUCAUCUGACAGAGGAGAACUGUUGUAUCACUUUGAACAAAGUGGUGCUUAUUGCAGAGCCAAAUGACAUCUAGCUCCACAUCUGUGGACCUAAUGGGUGGAGCUCGUCUUAGUUCUGUUUAGGAGUAGGGUGUGGCUAGACUGUGUCCAGAGAGGAGGAGCUGACCUCAAGCUCCACCCCCUGGCUCUGCAGAGAGGAGCCUCUGUUUUAAGCUGUGGCAAAAAGAUCAAGAUCCUGUAGUUGUGCCUGUACAUUAUUAUGAGAGCAUUGUACAUUGUGUCCUGCUGCUAUUCAAUAUUAGGAUGCAACUUUCACAAAAUCUUAACAUAGGGCUCAUGUCAUUUAAACUGAGAAAGACAUUAGUGUGCACGCUACACAAAGCAUGUAUUUUCUUAAUAAACCUAUUUUCAUGA